AUUGGCAGGUACUUCUUCAAAUUCAAUACUUGCCCUUUUCUUAUCAACAGUAUGCCAAAUGAUCUGGGGGCCAUUAGAAUCAUUUUAAUAUAAAAGUGUAGGUAUAACUGUUAGAAUUUGGAUUUUGAAUCAAAGAGACACACAGGACAGGGACCAUUUGUCAAUUACUGUGAGAUAAAGUUUUGUGCUUUUUGAAGUUUUUUUAUAACAGGUGAAAGGUGAGAAUUUUAAUGAAAAAUUACACAUAAAUCACCCCCACCACAACAAUUUUAAUUACCCUUUUCCCCUUUUAAUGAAUGCAUGCCUGAAAUGAAAGAGGUAUAGUCAAGAACAGUUUACUCAUACAGGUGUAUGUUUCAUGCUCUUCGGUAGAACUUGUUUCUGAAAUGAGAAUAUUUGGAUGGAUGAGUUACAGCAUGAGAAAGAAUAAAGUAUGAAAAGUACGGUUUUGUGAGACUAGUGGAGGUGAAUCUAAGGCUCUAUCAGAGGAUUAGAUAGAGUUAAUGAUUGUUAUCUUGUAAGUUGAGUCAACAUAUGUCUAGAACUAGAAGUGUGAUUUAAACUUUUUGAGUGAAAGAAAAGUUUUUUUUAAUUUUGAUUUAGAUGAGGGCUUCUGCAGAAGAAUUAACCUAGGUACCUGUAAUGCGGAAUGCAUAGUACCUGUAUCAAAUACCGUUCAUAAUAUGAUACACUAAACUAGUAACCUAUGAGCAGCAUUGCUUGCAACAUUUUACAUAUAUGACAACUCCAAUUGACCCUGUGCCAAUUUGUUAUGAUUAAUGCUCUGUUGAUUAGGUUGCGGUUCGUGUGCGUGUUCAAUAAUUGCUUUUAGGAAUGCUUUAAUGUUGUGGAUUCUGCAGGUUAAUAUUCAAGAGCUCAAGUUCUGCAAUGGAGUGGGUCCAGAGGAAUAAGUACUUCGCUGUCCUCUCCAGAGGAGUUGAGCGAGAUGGUUGGAGAUUUGUUCUACUUGCCCGCUUCUCGCCAAUGCCCUCCUAUAUCAUAAAUUAUGCCCUUGCUGCAACAAGAGUUCGGUUUGUUGUGGAUUUUCUGCUUCCAACAGUUAUUGGCUGCAUGCCUAUGAUUUUACAGAACACAUCGAUUGGCAGUUUGGCUGGUGCUGCUGUUUCUUCAGCAUCUGGCUCUCAGAAAUCUCAAAUUUGGUCAUAUCUUUUUCCUGUACUAGGAAUUGGCUCUAGCAUUCUUAUUUCCUUGAGAAUUAAGAAGUACUCUACUGAAAAUUUAGUGACUGAAUCCCCUACCAGUGAGCAUAUUAAUGAUUCUAGUAACAUUGCUGAUUCUAACAAGGACCUGAAAAAGGGUGAAUAAUAGAUUUGUUAACCCUAAAACUCCAAAGAAUGGUUGUAUCUUCUCCAAUUGAUGGAAUUUUUGCAAUUGAGACUCCUUCUUGUUAUAUA